CCAAACUUUCAUUUGGCCUUGCUUGAAAGAGUUUCAAACUAACAAAAUAUGGAGAGACAAAAGAAGAGGGACUUCCAAAAUCUUAAGAAUGAACAUGGUCAUGAUCGACCUUCUGAAACUAGCCCUAAAAGGGCAUCCAACUCUAUUCCAACACCUGUCCGGUCUGCUUCUUGAAUCUUCUUCUUUUUUUGUCAAGGAUUUUGUGAUCGUUAACGAUUGUACGAACACGUGGUGUUCUUGUGUUUCUUUGUUCUCAAGCUGCUCUUCUUCUUCUUCUUCUUUUGCCAAGGAUUUUGUGAUCGUUAAUGAUUUUACGAACACGUGGUGUUCUUGUUUUUCUUUGUUUUCAAGCUGCUGAUCUUCUUCUUCUUCUUCUUUUGUCAAGAAUUUUGUGAUCAUUAACGAUUUUACGAACACGGGGUGCUUUUGUUUUUCUUAGUUCUGAAGCCACGUCCGACAUUGUAGCUAACGAUUUGUCUCCUCAAUUAUGGUCUCAAAUACAAGAUAUUCUUCGUGGGCUGGUCAUCGAGGAAUUUGAUAGAAAGUUUAUGUCUUACAUUCAAUUUCUUCCAUCGUCAUCUUCAAGCACUAUCCAGCUAAAUAAUCAUAACAAUGAAGAAACAACCAAGUUUAGUUUAUGUUUUCUCAACCAAAUCCCUUCCACUAUUUUUACCAACAACGAGAUAGAAACGGGGAAUGAUCAUGGAUUACACGUUGCAAUUAUUGAUGUCAAUAAUUAUGCCAUCGUCUCUGACGGUCCUUUGUCGAUAGCACAAAUUGAGGUCACCGUCCUCAAUGGAGACUCAGACGAGUUCAAUAGCCAAAACAUUUUGCCUCCGAGGGAUGGAAAAAGGCCAUUAAUUGUGGGUAAUGAUUUGAAUCUUCAUCUCAAAAAUGGAGUUGGGUUCAUCAAAAGUUUGAGCUUCACUGAUAAUUCAAGCUGGGUGAGAUCGAAACAAUUCCGAUUAGGAUUACGAAUUGUGGAAGAGAAAAUUCAAGGUAAGAUUCCAAAAAUUAGAGAAGCUGUUUCUCAACCAUUCAGAGUCUUGGAUCAUCGGGGAGAAGGGAGCAAGAAGCACCAUCCUCCACAAAGGAAAGACGAGAUAUGGAGAUUAGAAAGAAUUAGAAGAAAUGGUGUUUAUCAUAAAAUCUUAUCUUCUCAUGACAUCAAAACCGUUGAUGAUUUUUUAAAAACUUAUGAAGAAAAGGGUCCUCUUUACUUGAGAAAGUUACUUGGUAAGAAGGUCUCAAACAAGUCCUGGAAUGCAAUGGUCACUAAUGCUUUGGAAUGUGUCCCUCUUGACAAAAACUUUGUUCCAAGCUUUGAGAGGCAAGAUUUGUUUGAAUAUGAAGGCAUGGGAACUGAAGGUGUUGAAGGAAACAUAGAAGUAAGUGAGCAAAGGAACUCAAGUGACUGGAAUCAGUUUUUAGAGACAGCAACACUUGAAGAAUGGGAACCCAUGCAACAUGAAGUGGACUAUGUAAAUGCAUAUUGUGAAACCAAUCAUACUACCAAAUACAAAUGAAUCUAUAUCUUUUAUUUAUAUAAUUAACAAUACUAUUAUUCUCUUCAAGCUUUUUUAUAUAUAUAUUUCCAAUUUUAUUUUAAUUAUUGUGGAGUAAUAAUUAAAAUAAAUGGGGAAAUAUAUAUAUGUUUAAAUGCUACAUGUUUGACUCAAGCAUUGUA